UUAAAUUAGGUUUGAUGAGCCACAGCACAGAAAUCCGGUUUGUUAGCUAAAGCCAAAGCCAUGCAGUUACGAAAUAAAAAGCAAAACACGCGAACGUAAACGAACAUCCAAAGCGGAAGCAGACCUCUUAACGCGUCUAAACAAAAAUGAUGAUACAAGUUAAGCGCUUGCUUUGCAAAUCCUGCUCCUUGAGCACUUUGCUUAUAGCGGGUGUGUGGCUGACUUGUAUUCUGAUUUACAUGUAUAUGCUGCGGAGUUCCAUUGAGGCGGCAGGUUGGCGUUUCAGCAGCAAUGCAAAUGCAACGCCCAAAGCAGAGCUCAGCUAUAAACAACGUGUCACGGUUGGCUGCACAUCGUCCACAGACAUGAAGGCCGCAGCCAGUAAUGGCAGUGUGGCUCCGGCAGCAGAUCAGUUCGAUCUUUUGGGCGUGGUGCGAAACAAACAGGACAAAUAUAUACGUGACAUUGGCUACAAACAUCAUGCCUUCAAUGCGCUCGUCUCAAAUAACAUUGGACUAUAUCGCGAAAUACCCGACACGCGUCACAAAGUGUGCGAUCGCACAGUCACAACCCCGGAUGAGGAGCUGCCACAGGCUUCCAUAAUAAUGUGUUUUUACAAUGAGCACAAAAUGACGCUGAUGCGCUCUAUUAAAUCAGUACUGGAGCGCACGCCCGCCCACCUGCUCAAGGAGAUCAUACUGGUGGAUGACAACAGCGAUUUACCCGAACUGGAGUUUCAUCUGCUGGCCGAUUUGCAUGCUCGCCUCAAGUAUGACAAUUUGCGUUAUGUGCGCAAUGAUAAGCGCGAGGGUUUGAUUAGAUCUCGGGUGAUUGGAGCCCGCAAUGCCAACGGGGCUGUUUUAGUGUUCCUAGACUCCCACAUAGAGGUGAAUCGGCAAUGGCUGGAGCCCCUGCUGCGUCUGAUCAAAGCCGAGAACACCACCCUGGCCGUUCCAGUCAUCGACCUUAUCAAUGCAGACACUUUUGAGUACACACCCAGCCCACUGGUACGCGGCGGCUUCAAUUGGGGACUGCAUUUUCGUUGGGAGAAUUUGCCGGAGGGCACAUUGAAGAGUCCCGAGGAUUUCAAGGGGCCCUUUCGUUCGCCCACCAUGGCUGGCGGCUUGUUUGCCGUGAGCCGCCUUUACUUUGAACACAUCGGCGAGUACGACAUGGCCAUGGAUAUAUGGGGUGGGGAGAAUAUCGAGAUCUCAUUCCGUGUCUGGCAAUGUGGCGGAGCCAUUAAAAUUGUGCCAUGCUCGCGCGUUGGACACAUCUUUCGUAAGCGUCGCCCCUACACGGCGCCCGAUGGUGCAAAUACUAUGUUAAAGAAUUCUCUGCGUUUGGCGCAUGUCUGGAUGGACAAGUACAAGGAUUAUUAUCUGAAGCAUGAAAAGGUACCCAAGGAGUACGAUUAUGGCGAUAUAAGCGCUCGUUUACAGCUGCGGGAGCGUUUGAAAUGCCACGACUUCGCUUGGUACUUACAAAACGUAUAUCCGGAGUUACACGUGCCCGGUGAGGAGGUAAAGAAAUCGGCAGUUGCUCCUGUAUUCCAGCCGUGGCACUCACGCAAACGUAACUAUAUCGAUUCCUAUCUACUGCAAUUGACGGGCACGGAACUGUGUGCGUCCGUAACAGCGCCCAAGGUAAAAGGGUUCUGGAAAAAGGGCAGCACCUUGACUCUGCAGCCCUGCCGGCGAACGCCCAAUCAAUUAUGGUACGAGACAGAGAAGUCCGAAAUAAUAUUGGACAAACUGCUGUGCUUGGAAGCGGCCGGCGAUGCGCUGGUUAUCAUCAACAAAUGCCACGAAAUGCUGGGAGAUCAGCAGUGGCGGCACACAAGAAAUGCCAACAGUCCCGUUUAUAAUAUGGCCAAGGGCACUUGCUUGCGAGCUGCGACCCCAGAAAUUGGUGCAGCACUCAGCUUAGAUUUGUGCAGCAAAUCCGGGGGAAGUGGCGGGGCAUGGGACAUUGUUCCCCUAAAGCAGGAGAAGACGAAGAAGCUGGAGAAAACGUUGUGAGCGACGUUCGCGUAUGUUUCAAUGCAAUAUUAGACUGAUUCUAUUUAAGUGUAAAGUGUUUAUUGCUGUGCGUAUUAAGCUUAGUUCAGUAUUUUUGCAUGAAAAUGAAUUUGUAGAGCAAAUUAAAAGUGAGUUUCCUUUUUGCCAAUUCCA